AUGCCCAUCGCCAUCUCUCCCUCAACAGUCAAGGCUGCCGCCGAGUCUGGCCUGCCUGCUUCGCAGAACAAGAAGCGCAAGAUCAUCUGCUUCUCAGACUUUGACGGAACGAUCUUCAUGCAGGACACCGGCCACAUCCUCUUUGACGCCCACGGCUGCGGCUCGCAGCAGCGCGAGAUCCUCGACGAGCAAAUCAAGUCCGGCGAGCGCUCCUUCCGCGACGUAUCCGAGGAGAUGUGGGGCUCCCUCAACGUCCCCUUUGACGACGGCUUUGAGGUGAUGGAGAAGAAGCUCGAGAUCGACCCGGCCUUCCAGGAGUUCCACAAGUACUGCAUCGCCAACGAGAUUCCCUUCAACGUCAUCUCCGCCGGCCUCAAGCCCAUCCUCCGCCGCGUCCUCGACACCUUCCUCGGCGAGGACGCCUCCGCGCACAUUGACAUCGUUGCCAACGAGGCCGAGAUCACCGACGACGGGUCCGCGUGGAAGCCCAUCUGGCGCCACGACAACGAGCUCGGCCACGACAAGGCCCUCUCCAUGGGUGAGGCCCGCGAGCAGGCCGAGAUGGCGUGCGAGGACGGCACCAUUCCCCUCAUCGUCUUCAUCGGCGACGGUGUGUCCGACCUGCCCGCCGCGCGCCAGGCCGACGUGCUCUUUGCGCGCCGCGGCCUGCGUCUGGAGGAGUACUGCGUCGAGAACUCGAUUGGUUACAUCCCCUUUGAUACCUUUGCCGACAUCCAGACCGAGAUCCAGCGCAUCCGCGACGAGGACGACAAGAAGACGGGUGGAAAGGGUAUGCCUGCCGCCUUCAACCCGCGCGCCAACAUGUGGAGACGCAUGUCGAGCAAGACGGCGAUCCCCAAGCUCGUUGCCAUCACGCCUGCCGAAGAGAAGAUGUUUUUGUGGCCCGAGGUGUUCAGCGUUGCUACGCCCAGUAUCGAGAAGGCCAACAUUGCUCCCGUCUUCGCUUAG